AUGAUGACCGCUAGAUCUCCAGUCGGGGCCCCCUCCCCCAACAUGAACUUUGAUCGCGGACACAGCUACUUUCCCGACCAGCAGCAAAUUAUCCAUGAACAGCAGCAGCAGCAGCAGCAGCAGCAGCAGCAGCAGCACCCACCACCACAACAACCACAGUACUAUUCCGGUGGCCCUGAUGCCGAGACCGCGUCAAACACCCUGGCCAAUACUCACCUGAUGCAAUCUGAUCAUGAACACAUGGCCACUGCUCCUCACUCAGCCAGAUUCAACGAGGAGUGGGAUGCCGGUCGACGAGGAAGCUCGAUCGUCGACGGCACGCGACCUCACAGCACCAUGUACCGAACGAACUCGUACGUCGGUUCUGUGAAUGGCCUUAACGGGGAUGGGACCGCUUCCAUGUCCCGCAGCAACACUCUCAAGAAAAAAGCGUCUCUUAGACGUAGUGGGAGCCUCAAACGGAGCGGCAGCCGUCGCAGCAUGAAAGCGGGGAGUGUUCGGAGUUUGGCACUUCAACAGAACUCCGACCAAGAAGGAAUGAACAGUGCUUUUUACUGCCCGGUUCCGACGGCAGGCAGUCCCACCGACGUCCUUGCCAACCGUUUUCAAGCAUGGCGAAAAAUUCUCAAAGACCUUAUUGUCUUUUUCAAGGAGAUCCAGACACACUAUGAGCACCGUUCCAAAUCGCUCAUUAGGUUGGGGAAUGUACUGAAUAAUACGUCGACUCCCCCAGGAUUUCUUUCAGAUGGUGGGCUAGACGAUGCCCUCCAGGUUCUGCGAAAUUACAACAAGCAAGCCAUUGCCGAGUCCAAUAAAGCACGCGAGAUUGAAGAGGAUGUUAUCCUAGCACUCACGGGUUUACGGAGUGACCUACAUCAGAAGAUCAAGGAAAUCAAAAAUCUCUCUGGCGAUUUCAAAAACUCCGUUGACAAGGAAAUGGAGGCCACUCGAAGAGCUGUGAAUAGUCUUCAGGAAGUUCUUGGCAAGACCGAACUCGACCCAGCUCUUACAACAGGCAAAGAAGAUCCAUAUCUGUUACGACUAGCAGUGGAUCGCCAGCUGGAAAGGCAAAUUGACGAGGAAAACUAUCUGCAUCAGGCUUACCUGAACCUUGAGAAUUCGGGACGGGAGCUCGAGUCCAUUGUCGUUGGCGAGAUACAAAAAUCUUACAACGCUUAUGCUGGUAUUCUCAAGAGAGAGUCGGAUGUUGCUUACAGUGCUAUUGAAGAGCUUCGAAUUGGCCCAGUUUCCAUGCCCAAGGAUACCGAAUGGAACUCCUUCAUUCGAAAAGAUGAUCAGUUCGUGGAUCCGGACGUGCCCAUGCGAUCGGCUGAGUUCAUUCACUAUCCCGGCCGUGACCAUCACGCUUGUCAGGAAAUCCGAGCGGGUCUUUUGGAGCGCAAAAGCAAAUAUUUGAAAAGCUAUUCGGCAGGAUGCAGGUACGUACUCUCGCCUACCCACCUACACGAGUUCAAGUCUGCCGAUAAGGGACAAGGGCCGGUCAUGUCGCUGUACCUUCCGGAGCAAAAGCUUGGGUCUCAUUCUACCGAGGGCAGUUCGUCCAACAAGUUCAUCCUUAAAGGACGCCAAACCGGAACAAUGCACCGUGGCCAUACGUGGGUAUUCCGCGCCGAAAGCCAUGAUACGAUGAUGGCAUGGUAUGAGGACAUCAAAAUGCUUACUGAGCGGACCCCGGAAGAACGCACCAAUUUCCUUCGCGGCCAUGGAAGAAGCUACAGCAGGUCCUCUCAGCGGUCUUCCAUUAGUAGCGAUGGAGUCAAUGACGACGAGGAGCCUCCCUUUUCUGCAAACGUGGCAUAUGUCAACCAGCCGCCGAGGCAAGACGCUCUGCCGCGACGUCCUUCAGGUGGGCGAUUCCCAUCUGAUCUCCAGGUAAAUGCACAAAGACGCUUACAGGUUCCCGUUUCCCCGCUUAGUGUGAGUUCCGGAAACGACGAGAAUGGCAUUGUCGAUGCCACCGCGGCUACCACCACAUUGCCAGACAGCGCCAUAGAGCAACACGAUAGAACACGGAAACCAACUCCACCGAAUUGCGAGGGGCCCACUCUUACAGUACAUCAGGGCGAUUACACUUAUGCCAACCCAAACCGGAAUCAAGUUCAUGGCGUACACAACGAAAUUGACGGCCAACCCCUGUCGAUGCAUUAUACUGUUGGAAACCAAGGCGAUGGUGUCAUUCUCCGGGAAUAUGGCGAACAGACUGAUGAUUGCCGAAUCAGUCCCGAUAUGACAUUACUUGCUAGACAGGACCACGAUGCGGACGAGCAAAACGUUCGUCACGGCCAGCGAGGGGUAGCUUUUGGUAUCAGAGAUAUCCCAGCCUCCAUGGGUGCCCUACAAGCAGUGUCCCCACUGGGGGAUAAGAGUGGCAUGCACAACGAUAUCGCAUCUGCGAGUGCUCAACAUCCCAGCCAUACAAUGCCAAGAACAGUUAUGGUCGGGCAGAUGGACAGUAACAGUGGUGGUGACGUUUUCCAGGAUCGAACACGCCCAACUAUCGGAGGAAUGCGCAAUGACAGCGUUCCAACCAUAUCCCACCUUCAUAUUCCUGGUGAAUAUCCGAAGAGCUCUUCGUAGUCUCAGCUUGCCUAUACGUCUUCCGUUGAUCCCAGUUGUUUAUCAAUCGACCAGCUCGAGCAUGCUUGGGCGGCUUCUAGGACACAUUAGAUUCAACGUCGACAUAAAGCAAUUGUGGUUGGUAGUCGUCAGUGGCUUCGUCUUCGCUUUUCCUUUUGUUUCGUUCUUUUUGCGCAUAGGAACACUGUGAUUCCACGGCUUUCUUGUGUAUAGGAUACUCUCCUAGUUGCUGUCAAGGUGGUUGUGGGGGUGAUAGUGGCGGUAUGGAUGGCAAGGAGGACAGGUGGGGGAUCCGGGGGUGAUAUGAUCUUCGAGUCUCGGAGAAUACAUGUUUUGGCCGUUUUAUGGGGAUGCUCUUCUAAUCUUCCGUCUAUGGGUAGCUUGGAGCCUAGUGUCAAAGUGUGCAUUUGGAUCUUUCGAUGCCGCUCAUAAUCACCGGCUCUCCCUUCAAACAUGCUGGCAGUUUCUCUUUGUGUUGCUCCCAACGUGGUUUUCAGGUCGUUGUUAUAAGAACUCAAGGUUACUAUGUACCUAGGCAGGCGUGUGUGUACGGCGACGUGAUUUGAUAAUACAUAUCUAUGCUUGCUUGUUCGUU